AUGUCGGCGGCUGAGGAGGAAGGGAAGGGUCACGACAAGCACUGCUGUGUGCCAUUCUGUAAUGGAAAUGGCAGGCUUAACCCAGAUUUAUCCUUUCACCGGAUACCAAAGGCUCCAGAAAAGAGAAAGGAGUGGAUUCAAGCGAUUAGGAGAGACCCUGGUCCUCUGUUUACCAUAAGUGAUGAAACAGUUGUCUGCUCUCGCCAUUUUAAAAAGGAAGAUAUUAAGUGGACUCCAGUGAGGACAACGUUGAAACCUGGGUCGGUACCCUCAGUUUUCUCCUGGAAGGCGGAUACCAACAGUCGACGCCCAAUAGUUAAACACACCCUUCCAGAGAAAAGACCUAAGCAGGAAUUUGAGGAUUCAAGUGUGAGACCUGAGGAAAUGGAUUCUACUCCAUUGUUAAUUGAGGAUGGUUCUCCUCCUCCUGAUGAAAUACAUGAGAAGAGUAAGAGAAUCCAAGAAUUAGAAAAUUUGUUGCAGAAGAGGGAUGAGGAAAUCAAGACUCUACAACAGAAGAUUGAGGUUGAACGAUUUGGAAUUCAGCGGUUUUCAAAUGACGAUUCAAUGAUUCAAUUUUACACAGGAUUUACUACAAUGGCUAUGUUUUUAGCUUUUUUUGAAUACAUCAAACCUACUGCAACAUGCAGCAUAAGUAUCUGGCCUAGUAAGGAACACAUUUAUGAAAAAAUGCCCCAGUCCUUCAAGUUGUUUUACCCCUCAACUAGAGUCAUAAUUGACUGCACAGAGAUUAAAACUGAGCGUCCAUCAUCCUUAGCACUUGGGUCAAAAUGUUAUUCAACAUAUAAGAGUUCACACACAUGGAAAGGGCUUGUAGGAAUCGCUCCUCAUGGAGCUCUCACUUUUGUGUCCUCAUUAUACACAGGGUGCAUGUCAGAUGUUGAAAUAACAAAAUUAUCUGGCCUACAUGAUCUUAUGGAAGAAGGUGACUCAAUUAUGGCUGACAAAGGGUUUGUGCUGAACAAGGUAUUAGAAGGUACAGGCAUUUCUGUCAACACCCCUCCCUUUCUUCUUAGCCAAGGUCAGUUUUCAAAGCAGGAAGUAGAACAAACACAAAUUAUUGCAAAGCUAAGAAUACACAUUGAACGACAUAUUCGUAGGGUCAAAGAAUACCAUCUCUUUGAUGGUGUCAUCCCAUUGAGUAUGACUGGUACUAUAAAUCAGAUUUGGACUGUUGCUAAUAUGCUGACUCUGUUCAGAGGUCCUCUUGUAAAAGAUUGGUGUAAAUGA